GAAUGAUAGGUACAUAAAUAAACUUUAUAAUACCUAGUAAAAUUUGUUACCAAUUAAUAUUUAUUUUAUUUUAUAGGUUGAGCUAGGUAUUAACUUUUAGUCCAUAGUGUACUUAAUUUCCCAUGUAUACAUAAUUCUAAUCUAAAUUACCGGCUUAGAUUCUUCGUUCAUUUAAACAACUGAAUAUAACUGAAGCCACAUUGGAAAAUACAAUGUGUGAAGAUGAAUGGUUGGAUAUUGAACGACGGUUUGAAAAAGAAGGUAUUGACUAUAGACGUUUGAAGACUGAGGAGAAAUUGAUACAUGUUUGGAGAUGGUUAGUUGAUGCCGAUAUCAAUUUACAGAAUGCAAGGAAAAUGAUUGAAAAACUACGUUUAAAGCAGAAUGAAGAGUUGGAGGAUAUGGAAAAUUACAUGGUUCAUAUACGAGUACUUGCUGAUAAACGAAUUGAUGAUAUGGAAAAAACUAUGUCCAUUUUUGCUGAGCAAGUUGCAAGACUUGAAUGCGAAUUAAAUGGUUUAGAAUCGAUAGAUGGUGAUAAUGUCUGUGACAAGGUUUCAAAUUUGAUUCAUGGUUACACAUCCCUAGUGAAUGAAGUAAAUAUAUUAAAACAAUUUAAAAGUUUUGAUGUAAAUGGAAUUCGUAAAGAAUCCGAUGAUGUUCUAAUAAUUGAAAUGAUUAAAAUUUCGGCUGAAAAAGAAUCCUUAAAAAAACAAGUUAAAGAAUUGGAAGAUCGAAUAAGUGUUUAUGAAAUGACUAAAGCAGAAUAUAAUACCCAACUAAUAUCUACGGAGCUAUCAGAAAGUUCAAACAAAAUUGAUGGGAAAGAUUCUUUAUUGGAUAAUUCAAUAUCUUGGAACAGAAAUAUAACAAAUGAUGACACAUCAAGUAUAAGUAUCCAAUUAUUCAGUGAUAAAACAAAAUCAGCAAGCAAUUUUUGUAAUGAUUUUUUUAAUUGUGCACAAGAAAAGAUUGAUGAUCAAAAACAAAAUGUUAAUGAAAUAACAAGAACUUUUGGGCCAGAAUCAACACCGCCAAGUUUAUUAUCUAGUGACUUAGCGACUCCACGACAAAUUUCAACUAUUAUAACAGAUGGGAUGUUGAAUAACCAAUCAGAUGAACUAAAAAAAAUUAAAGUGGAGUUAGAGGCGCACAAGACUUUGGUGUCAUCCCUUGGUGAGAAAUACAAUGCACUAGCACUCAAACAUUUACAGUACAAAUCAAAAAGAAAAAUGCAAAUCGAAGCUUUAAAAGGUAAUUUGGAAGCAGGUCAGUGUCAAAUGGAAUCUCUUAAGACUCAAUUAAGCAUACAAAAACGCAGAUUAAGAACAGAAGAAGAGUUCCGAAAACAAGUUGAAACAGAUUACAGAUCUUUGCAAGAAGAAAAACGCAAUAUUGAUUUUCGAAUUGCAAUGUCAGAGAAUGAGCUACGAAAUAUGGCAAGACACCUUAGCGUAUUACAUAAAAAAGUGGCUAUGUUAGAGAGUGCUAACGCUGAUUUAUUGUCAAAACAUUUACAAAUUGUUUAUAAAAAUUCCCGUAUACCAAAAAGCACUACAUGUGAUUGCAUUUUAACUGCUAUGUCUGAUGACAAAUAAAACUUCCUAAAUAUAACAUUUUCUGUCUAAUGUAAUUCUUUAAUUUUACAAAUAAUUUAUAAGAAGUACAGAGAAAACACUUUUUGACUAUUUUUAAAAUAAUUUGUCUUUCAUUAUUAUAUUUAAUCAAUUUUAUUCCAUUACACUCUUCAGAAUAAUAAUCAAUUGAAAAUUAAAUUAUUUA